UCGAAUGGAAAGGGUCUGGAACCUCUAGUGGUUCACCGGUGUCUUCCAGCUUCAAGUCAGACAACUCCUGGAUCAAUAGUUGCUUGAACCCGGUUUGUUCCUGUGCAAGCAACUCCUGGACAGCUUUGGCAAAUCCAGCUCUUAUAACUCUUGAACCGGACCUUGUGGUAGGACCUUUGCGGAUAAUGGGAACCUCAGUCGUGGGUACUACAACAGAAAGCCGUGGUGAAUGCAACCGAAUCAAGUCAUGCACGUAUCGUCGAGUCGAUUUCCACGCCCGAUUUUGAGACGAUUCAUCGUGAAGCCAUGAUGGAUACGGAAAACAUGGACACGCCCCAGCGAGUCCUCGUUGCUGAUUCGGUGCGUCAGCUCCGCGAAGAGAGAGAGAGCAUAACAUUUAUCGCGAGAGACGGUCAGGGUGGAGCUAGUGUCGGGGAGGCUUCCCUCCCCGAUUUCGUUCCGUGCUGUUAUCACCCGGGGGGAAUCUUCGAGGAUCUUCCAGCUUUGGCGGCGGAGCAGAUGCGUCCUCCUGUCCUAGAGGGACAGUCAUGGGAGAACAUCGAGGAGACUCGUUCGACUCCUAGCAGCGUGAAAGCUUUAUUGAGGGAAUGUGGAGGAACCGGGGUGACCUUUUUUAUCCCAACUAAAUCUCAGAGGCCGUGGUCCCCUCCUUUGGUAUUUCAAUGCGUCUAUGAGUCAUAUUUUCAGGAUGAGACCAAACUUUGGUUUCCGAUUCCUCGACUCGUCACGUCUUAUGUGAGACGUCGUGACGCGGCAAUAAGUCAAUUUUUUAAUGGCGCGUUCCAUACCUCGGUGGCAUUGAUGGUGACUGCGGCGGAGAUCGAUGUUUUGAUGAGUGUGCGGACACUCGAGGAGUUGACCUAUACGAAGUCUAUGGGGGAUGGUCUGUUCUCGAUCUAGAUAAGGCCCAACUACAACGUGAUUGUCGAUCAUCCGUGUAGGACAGCGAACUGGCAGCUGUUUCUACUUUUACGUCAAGUCUGACGGUUUUGCCUUCGAGGAGCCGCCCGACGAUUCCUUUCGAUUUUUGUGGAAUCGUAAACUUGGUAGAAUGCUGUUGUUAGCUCGUCAACUGUCUUUUUUUCUUGUUUUCUGACGAGUCUUCAUUUAUUUGCAGUUGAUCACCCAGACACUGCCUCUUAUCCGGAAGAUUUCGUCUCCGAUGCUCGUGCAGUCGUGUCGCGUGUCCAAGUAAGUUGGACGGAUAUCACCAUUGAGAGGAUUCGACGAGUGCUCGACAGAAUCUCGAGGAGUAAGUUUUCCUUUGCGGUCGCAUGUUUUCUUCCAACUCAUGUUAGUUCCGAGAUUUAUUUGAACUGGCUUGCUGAUCUUUUUCAGAGGACUGGAGGUCUGAUCUAUUGCCUUUGAUUACCGGUAACAAGCAGGGUUUUUCGAUAUUCAGUAGCGCCGAGCAAAAGAUCAUUAACGCAGCCAGGGAAAUGAAAGAACUUCCAGACUUGAGUGCAUUAAUCAAGAAGAAGCUGAGUGGGGCGAAGAAGGCGUCUUCUGCGACUCCUAGCGAGACAACUCCUAGUGGGACGACUCCUCGCGAAGAGACUCCUCGUGGAGCGAUUCCUCCCGCUCCUCUUUCCCUUGCGGUUUCCCCCGGGCCGUCUGUAGGCCCGGCUAACGUCGAGUCUUCGAGGGAGGAUCUGACGCUGACCUCCGAAUGGGAGACUGCUGAAUCAUCGGUGACUGAUGGUAAUAAGAAGAGAUCAGCUCCUGAUUCCUCUGCUUCGGCUGCUUCUCAAGCGAGGACCGAAUCUGAUGGUCCUCCGAAGAAGAAGAAGAAAAAUGAGAAGAAGAAGAAGAAGUCUGUUGAGGAACAGUCGGAGCCUGCUGAAGACGCUGAGGGCCGUGAAACUGUUAUCGAGAAAGGUUCUUCUCAUGAUGCUGCGGCUCGGGGAGUCGUUGACUCGGACAACUCCCCGUCCGUCCCACUGAAGAGGAAGAAGACUUCCGCAGUCAUGAGUCGUCUACUAUUGCCGCGUCUACUCCUGCUGCGUAGAUUCCUCCAGCUGCGCCCUACACUCUUGUUGAGGGUGGUUCGGCCUCUGAGGAGCGUCGGGUCAAAUUCCGCGACCGCGUGGAAUUCAAGUACGUCGGCGAGACUCCUCUUUCCUUCGCCCAGACUGAAUGUGCUGAGCUUAUUCGACAAAUUAAGGGUGGUUGUAAGGACCUGCCCGCUGUCAAGGACCUUAUCUUCAAGGACGCGUACGUCGAUGCGGCGAGGACUAAAAUUAUGAGCGACAAGAGCAUGAACUACGUCGUCGAGUUGUACGACUCGGCCCUCAAGGAGGCCAUGUCCAAAUUAAAGUAAUCCGACAAGCUUGUACGAGUUAAGGAUGCAGCUCUUGACCGCAAGGCGAAAGAAUUUAAGGCGGCAAUUGAUAAGGUUCAGAAGGCUCAUUUCUUGGAGAAAUUUGGGGAGUUGAAGGAUAAAUUUGAGGCUGCAGGCGCGAAGAUCCGAGGACUCGAAGAGGAGAAGAAAGCUUGGUUAAGAGAGAAGGCGGCCUUGGAGGAGAAGAUGGUGUCCACUGCGCUGAGACACUUGAAAGAGGUCAACAGAUUAAGGGACUCUCGAGGUUACGAGGUUGCACAUGAAUGGUUCCGUGUACAAACGGCCAUGAUUGCUAAGAGCAAUAAGCGUUUCUCCAAAAUUCGAGAUCUCGAGAAGCAUCGUAGUGAGUUCGAAACGGCUAGAUCUUUGCAGAGCCAAGCUUUUGGGACAAAAAAAUGCCUCGAAGCACUUAAGGAGAGCGGGCCGACAUUCUGCAAGAGAUGAUUGACUUGUUCGCUGAGCAAGAGAAAGAGUACGAGGCUGAGGCUAACCGCCUAGCUGUCGGUGGGAUUCCCGAAGAGCUUCUAUGUCUUUCUCCUCUUCAUCUUUGAUCCCCUUUUUUGAACGAGAAUGUGUGGGCGACAAUCGACCCACACGGGUCAAAUGCUGGCCUGAUUGAUGCUGGAACCGCUGCCUUCCUUCAAACUCCCAGUAGUUCUCAAGGCGAUCAUGCGAAUGAAAGAUCGGGCGAACCGACUGGAAGAGAGCUCAAGAUAUCGUCUCUUCAAGAAGGUGGGAUCAUUAGCGAGGUCGCAAGGCUCGAGGAUACGACUGUUCCACCUGCUUCGGAUCCGACUAUGCUCUCUGCCAGCCUUGUCGUGAAUGAAGACCCGCUGGUCCCGGUUCUCGGAACUAGUGUCGCCGUUCCGACUUCGGAUUUGGGAGUCGAUGAGACGGGGACAGAGCCUGUUAAUCUGCUUGAACUCUCAGACUCUUCGACUGAAGAAGAGAGUGGUGAACAAUUGGACGAAACUGAAUCUGUCCUUGCAGGUAAUCCGCAAAGAGAAGAGGGAGCGGUUGAUGAAGCUGAUAAUCCGCCUGUUCUGCCAGCGGAUGGGACUGGGGAAGCUUCGGAUCAGCUCGAUGCUCAGGUCGUCGAGGGAGGCUCUGACCGUGUCGAGGACUAGUUUUAUAUGUUGUUGUUGUUUCUUUUAGACUUUUUGUUUUUGCCCCUCGGAGGCUUUUGUUGAUGUAAUAUCUGGAUUUGUUUUGCUUUUGCGGCUAUCUGUUGUUUCAAACUUUCAGUAAGUUUGUUUUCCUUAGAAAUUAUUUCUGAAACAGAGUUUGCCUUAGUCGUGAGACAUAGUAUCGUGGACUCGAGAGUGCCAGUUGGCCUUCGACGAGUUGCUGAAAUCUAUUUUAAAUAUUGGGUUCAAACAAUUUGGGUUUGGCAAUUUGGUCGAUGUCUUGAAUUAAACCGGAGAGUCGAUGACUUGGUUUUAUCAAAUUUUGACACAUCAUGCCGUCAGU